UGACAACAGGAAGUAGAAAUGAAAACAGAGAAGAUGCCGCUGGUGCUUUGAGACUCUCAGGUCUUCAUUUUUCAUUUACAGAAAGCACAAUGACUUCUAUAAUUAAAGAAACACAAAGCAUAAAAGAGGCGGUGACUUUCAUCAAUGCGAUUGAUGUGAACAAGUUCUCCAGACUGAUCUCCCGCAUCAUACAGAAGCUUCACCUGAAGGGAGAGCGGACCUUCAGUGAAGACGAGGAGCAAAAGCUUCAGACUGCUCUCUCACUGGACAAACAGGCUCUCGAUCUAGUCCUGGAAACGACCGCCUUCAUUCUAGAGCAGGCUGUGUAUCAUAAUGUGAAGCCGGUCGCUCUGCAGCAGCAGCUGGAGGCGGUUCAUCUUAACCCGGACAAGGCUGAGAUGUUCUCUCAAACCUGGGCCGCUACUGGACCUGAGCUGGUGGAGAAACUAAAGAACAAUAUUUUUGCCCCGAAGAAGCUGGAGUAUGUCGGCUGGCAGUUAAACCUGCAGAUGGCCCAGUCCAGCCAAGCCAGACUCAAGUCUCCCAGUGCCGUCCUCCAACUGGGACUCCGCAAAGAAGACUCUGAGGUUCAGGAAAAUGUCUUUGCUGAUUUUAACCACCAGGAGCUACUUGAGUUCUACAACAAGCUUGAAGUUGUGCAAGGCCAGUUGGAUUCCCUGACUUGAUGCCUGCUGUUUUUUGUAGGACCACACACACACACUUCCACACACACAAGCUCACACAUUGUUUUUGUUUUGUUUGUUUUUGUUGCUGACAGCUGAAUCAGCUGUCAGAGAUGUAAUAAUACAAUAUUAGAUAUGGCUUUUAAGAAAAGAUGUACAAACUCUAUUGAUAAUGUUCUUUUCUUUUUGUAUCUUCUUUGAAUCAUGGCCUGUGCUUAACCUUACAAGGAGAUUGUGUAAAAAAAAAAAGUCUUUUGUUAAUAAAGAACUCAAACUAG